UCAAGUACUGCACGAUGAUGUCCAAGACGAUUAUCGCCGCCUUAGCAGUGGUCCUUUUGGGGAUAGUAGCAGCUGAUCCUGUUGCUGAACCGGAAACCAAAGCUGAUCCUAGAUUCCACAGCGGAUUUCACAGAGGCUUCGGAGGAUUUGGUGGUUUUGGUGGCCAUUUCGGUGGACAUGGAUUCGGAUAUGGAGGCUACCGUGGAAAGAGGAGCCCAGUAGCUGAGCCUGAAGCCAUGGCUGUGGCUGUGGCUGACCCAGAAGCUGAAGCCGAUCCAGGUCACUUUGGAGGAUUCCACCGUGGACUUGGAGGAUUUGGAUGGUUUGGUGGAUUUGGCGGACAUGGUGGGUACCGUGGAAAGGGCAGUCCAGUAGCUGAGCCUGGAUUUGUUCAUGGAAGAUUCCAUAGAGGCUUUGGAGGAUUUGGCGGAUUUGGUGACCACGGAUUGGGAUAUGGAGGCUACCGUGGAAAGAGGAGCCCAGUAGCUGAACCUGAACGCGAAGCUGAACCUGGAUUCGGUUAUGGCGGAUUCCAUGGAGGUUUUGGAAGAGGCUUUGGCGGAUUCAGUAAUUUUGGUGGAGGCAGAUUUUAUGAUUAGGGCCAGAAUACAAAAUUAUAGCGAAUUUUAAUACAAAUGUGCAAUUAAUAAAGAAACCAUUAUUGAAGUAUA